CGGGCCCAGUUCAUUUGUACUUACUCUAACUGCUCGAAAAAUCAGGAAGAUCGCUAAAAAGCCAUACUCGACUGGUCGGUCGGGUCGCAGUGAACAAUCUUCGCGUAUCGAUAACCUCUGCUCUAAUCGGAAUCAGAUCAGCUGUUUACGUUUACACAAAACGAAUCGUCAAAAGUUUAUUUACAUUCUACUUAUUUUAAAUAAUUUAUUAUUAAACCAUAAAACGAUACAAUGUCCUCAGCAAUAAUUCGUUCCCUACAACAAGACGUCUUCAAUCCAGGCGAAGAAAGACUAAUUUCCUGUUGUCACGUAAGCAAAUACCUGAAAAAAAAGAAAACCUCCUUCCUGUGCUUGGUAGGAACCACAUCAGUCCCUUUCAACAUUUCCAUAAUCCAAAUAAAACAAACUGAUAAGCAAACAUUCAAGCGAAAAAGAUCUUGGUCACUGGCCGAGCUGAAAUCAGUUGACGGUCACAGUGAAUUGUACGAUACCCAAGAGUUCGAUUUAUAUUUCGAUAAAGUUUAUCGUUGGGUUAGUACAAGCCCCAAAGAGCGUUAUGCCUUCAUCCACAACCUUUGGAAACAAGCCUCCAAGCAUAUCGUCAAAGAUAUGCCUGUAUUUAAAAACGUCCCCAAAGGAUGGAUAACAGAAGACGCCCUAACACCAGAAAACAAUUAUAUUACAUCCCCUUUAAUAGCUUUCGAUAAUGAUUUAGUUGAAGACUUUCAAGCUAUAACAGAUAAAGAACAGGAAGACCUGAAACGACUUAUGCAAGGCUGUGAAUUUGCCAUAAGCAAUGCUGAAGGCUUCAUGGAAAUACUGGCAAGAGAUUUAUCUUUGUUGGAUGGUGAAAAUGUACAAUGCGUUCUAGCUUCAGAAAGCAAUGUGGAAACUUUAAUGGAGCAACUCGAAUUAGCCGUAAAUGAAGCUGAUAGACUUGAAAAUCAAUUGGAUAAUUAUGAUGAGAUUUUGUGUCACGUCAGAGACACUAUGGAAGCUAUGGAAAAGAAAAACUCAAUGAAUUCAGUUGUUAAUAAGAAUAAUCAAUUGUUGUUGAAGGAAUUGGAAAAUAUUGUGACUAAAUUAGAUUUACCAAUAGAAUACCAGAAAAUCUUAGAUGAUGCAGAUUUUACAUCACCCGAAGGUCUUACUUUGUCAGUUAAAGCAGCACAAGCAUUAAAAGUAGCCAUGAAUUCAGAUAUCGAUAAGGCCCUACUGCAAAUGUCUGCAAUUCAAGAACAAAGAAAGAAAUUCGAAAAAUACAAAGAGAAAUUUUCCAGAAGUUUGAGCAGGCAAUUGAAUAAUCUAUUCAUACAUUAUGGAAAUCAUAAAGGAGAGGCUGACAAGAAUAUUGAGGGCCUUAUAUUGCCUCAACAUAGUGGCGUGCAUAAGGAAUUGUAUCCUUAUACUGAAUUAAUGCAUUGGAUGAAGGUCAUGGAUAAAAAAAUGUACGACUCACUCAAAGAAGUUUACACAUCAUCAUUGGGCAAAUUAUACGAUAGAGACUUGAGAAGUUUAUUCAAUUCAGCAAGAGAAAAAAUCGGAGCUUAUCCAGUUCAAUCACCCACCACCCUCAUAGGCUUAGAUAGAGAUUUUUGGACUCUAGAAACUAGUUCUUCAGAUAGAAAACGCUACGAGACAAUUUUGGAACAAGUCCUUACACAAUUGGAACCAGUGUUUAUGCAAGAGCAACAAUUUUGCGUUAAAUUUUUUCAACUAGAUGUGCUAAGUCCUACUUCUAAAAAUACCCUUACCACUUUGGAUGGCAGCGAAGUUAGUACCGAAAUAAUUUUGCCACAAAAAAAGGUUGAAAAGCAAAUUGAUGAAGACGUUAAAAGUAUGAUGAGUAAUUUGUUUGCUUGUUUAAAAACAGAAUUGGAUUUGUUAAUUGAUAAUGUUAAAAGACAAGAUAGUUUUUAUUGUAUGUAUGUUUUGGUUUGCUUGAAUCAGCACGUGAUGUCAGCACAAAGUUCGUUUCUCAGCAACACUUUUGCCUCUCAACUAAUCGAAGUAAAACGUUCGCUGGAUCAGUUUAUGCAAACCCAAAUCGAUUCGGUCAAAGAGUGUCGUUUGGCAAGAAAAUCCAAAGUUGGCAUUUUGCCUUAUGUUUCAAAUUUGGAAAUUUUCGCUGUUAAUGUCGAGUGUUUAUUGAGGAGCGAUAGGGCUGCCGAUUUGGAAAAAUGGUACACUCGAUUAAUUGAUAUCAUUAUUGAUUAUAUACCUGUACAUGCUAAUGAGCAAAAGACGCCUUCACAAGUUACAAAAAUGGAAAACUAUCACCAUCUUUACUCUUUAUUAUCUCAGUUGAAAAUAUCUGUACUCGAUAAUCAAAGAAAAGAAGCUAAACAAAGAUAUAGUGAUGCCUUACAGUCUUAUGUAACUUUAUAUUUUGGUAGGCCAUUGGAAAAGUUAAAUACGUUUUUUGAAGGUGUUCAAGCUAAAGUUGCAAGUGGUGUCAAAGCCUCUGAAGUAAGUUACCAACUAGCAUUCAGUAAACAAGAAUUGAGAAAAGUGAUUAAUCAAUAUCCGGGAAGUACAGUUAAAAAAGGUAUAGAAUCUUUGUACAAAAAAGUGGAGAAACAUUUAUCGGAAGAAAGCAAUUUGUUGCAAGUUGUUUGGAGGGCUAUGCAAGAAGAAUUUAUAAGGCAAUACAAAAUGUUGGAAGAAUUAAUACAGCAAUGUUAUCCAGGGUCUAUGGUUACUUUGGAAUUUAGUAUUGAGGACAUUUUGCAGUAUUUCUCAGAGAUUGCAAGGUCUCAUUAAGACUUUAUAUUUCUAGGAAUUAUUACCUUUGUAUAAGUAUUUAAAAAAAAUGUUAUCUAUUAUUAAGAAACUUGUUUAUGUACCCUGAAAAUUCCAUUAUAACAUAAAGUAUUUUCUUAAACUAAGUGUUGUUUUGCAUAUUCCCAAAUAAAUGUGGCACCUGCUACGUGAACAUUCAAGGAGCGGGUUACACCGAAUUGUGGAAUUUCCAAGCAAACAUCUAGUAAUGGAAUUAGAUCUGGUGGAAUGCCAGUUUUCUCA